AUGUCGUCAAGUUCCAACCUCCCCGACCGCUACAAGCUGAUCUUCUUCGUUCCGCCCUCUGACUUGGAGGCAUGCAAAAAAGCCAUUUUCUUGACGGGUGCCGGCACCUUCCCCGGGGGCAAAUACACCGACUGUUGUUUCCAAACACUUGGAACGGGUCAGUUUUUUCCUAAUGGUGGAGCGAAUCCAGCAAUUGGUGCGGUCGGUGUGUUGGAACAGUUGCCGGAGAUGAAGGCCGAGAUCAUGUGUAUUGGGCGUGAGACUAUGCUGAAUGCUGUGAAGGCAUUGAUUAAGGCGCAUCCUUAUGAGGAGGUUGCGUAUGAAGUUUAUAAGAUGGAAAAUGUGUAG